AUGUAUCAAAUAACCAUUUAUUGGUAUAAUAAUACAUUGAGUAAAUUCUUUAUAGAAUUACAUCGAAUCUUACUCAAUAAUAUACUAUUUGAUAAAAGUCAUACUGCUAACCUAAUUAUUAAAAUUUUAAAAGAAAUAGAUAUUGGCAGGAAACUUUUGGGUAUUACUACAGAUAAUAUAGCUAAUAUGUGUUUUAUAGAAAAUAUUUUGCAAGAAAAAGUCCUUUCCAAGUUUAAUAAUAAUAGUAUACAACAUUUUUACUAUAGUAUACAUAUUUUAAACCUUGACAUUGAAGAAGGAAUUAAAAAAGUUAACAAAAAAAAUUUAGAAA